AUGGAGUUCAGCCGCAAGCAAUUAAUUUGCCUGCUCUUGAUAUACCGAAGAAGAAAACGACGUUUGAAAAAAUACAAAAAGAGAUUUUGGGUCAGAAAGCUUUUUAAAAGUCUUGCAAUACGAGGGGAAUUUGUGAACUUAGUACAGGAGUUGAAACUGCACGACCAUGAGUUGUUUUUUAAGCAAUUCAGGAUGGAUCCUAGCCAGAUGGAAGAGGUUUUAAGCUGGAUAGCGCCAAAAAUUUAUAAACAGGAAACUCGGAGAGAUGUUAUAAAACCUGAAGAUAGAUUAUGUGUGACUAUGCGCUAUUUAGCAACGGGUGACUCUUUCUCAACCAUAUCGAUGAGUUAUAGAAUUGGAGAAACCACAAUAUCAAAGAUUGUCAGCGAAACAUCGAAUGCUAUUUGGGAAGCAAUGUUGGAGAAAAACAUUUUGAACAUGCCUAAAGCACCAGAAGAUUGGUUAGCAAUUGCCAAAUUGUUUGAAAAACGUUGGAAUUUUCCUAAUUGCUUGGGGUGCAUUGAUGGAAAACAUGUACUCAUUCAAGCACCUGCUAGGAGUGGUUCACUGUUUUUCAAUUAUAAAAAAACUUUCUCAAUUGUGCUGCUAGCAGUUUGUAAUGGAAACUACCAAUUUACAAUGGUCGAUAUUGGGGAAGCAGGCAGGCAAAGUGAUGGUGGUGUAUUUUCUAAUAGCAAUCUUGGCUGUUCUAUUCUUAAGAAUCUCCUGCCAGUGCCUAGACCAAGACAGAUAGACAGUUCAAAUGUUUUAUUUCCAUUUGUCUUUCUUGGAGAUGAUGCAUUCCCAUUACGUCAGAACUUGAUGAAGCCUUAUGCAAAUCCUAAUUUGGACAUAAGGAAACUUGUGACCAACUAUCGCAUAUCAAGAGCCAGGCGUAUAAUUGAAAACUCGUUUGGAAUAUUGGCUGCAAGAUUCCGAAUAUUUAGACGUCCAAUUCAUGCAAAAGUUGACACAGUUAUUUCAAUUACCAAAGCUUGUGUUGCUUUGCAUAAUUACCUAAUGAAUGGAAAGACAUAUGCUAACCGAUACUGUCCAUUAGGUUUUGUUGACCAUGAAAUCAAUGGACAUUUCAAAGGAGGGGGACUGGCGAGAUAUGGUAGUUGA